AUGUUGCUGGAUGAAGAAUGGCGAUGCAGCAAAUUCGAGAAUGGUCUCCAUGGAGAUCUUCGGUUAAUGGUGGCCCCACUAUCGAUCAAGGACUUUGCAGCUUUGGUGGAGAAGGCUAGGGUCAUGGAGAAGAUUAAGGUGGAGGGAGUCUUCUUCCCAUCAGGGUACAAUUCAGUGCUACUAGUGUGGGGGAUCGAUAAGAGGAAUGUUUGCCCCCAGCUUGCAAGCUUCAAGAGGUGCAACAACUGUGGCAAGGAAGGCCACUUUGGCAGGGAUUGCCCCAACCUCACGAGGACACUGACACGUCCCUCAAUUCCGGCCCCAGCCCAGAACCAACAGAGGAGGGGAAGCAACAGGCCUCAGGCAUCAAAUAUAGUGUACGCCAUGACAAGAGCGGAGGUAGCAGGCUCAGGUAACCUCGUCAUGGGUCGUUGUGUGAUUGCUGAUAAAUCUGCAUGUGUAUUGUAUGACUCUAGAGUGACACACUCUUUUGUGUCAGAAACUUGUGUGCAAAGGUUAGGUCUACCAGUUUGUGAGCUACAAUGUAACCUUGUGAUGUCCACUCCGGCGUCCGGUUAG